CCCUCCCUCCCUCCUCGAGCUCUGCUCAGCACACAAGGACACCCAAAACGCGCAGGUGAGAGAGGCGAGGGAAUCCCUCCCCCUCCCGUUCCAAUUCCUUUCCUCCGCUCGCGGCUCGCCUCCUCGACCGACCCCCCCAAAGCGGCGCUCUCCUUUUCGGCCAUUGCGCCACCCGCCCACAAGCGAUUCGGAUUCUCCCCCCCACAUCGUCCUUUCCAGGUGCGCGAGCGUGCGUGCGUGCGAGCGAUCCCUAAGCUAUUCCUCUGCUUUUAAUCUCUCUUAUUAUUGCUCUCAUGAGGUUUCGAAUCCUGGUUUAUGCGAUAAUUACGAGCGGGGGAGAUUUGCGCACUUCUUCCAAAAAAAAAUCCCCCCCUGUUGUUGUUUAAACUCGAGAAUAGCUCUGCGGAUUGGAGCGCUUCUGGUCGGCCUGUAAGGGCUUGGGGUUUCCGCCGCGUUCUUCUACAAUGAUUUGGUUCUAGCUGUGUGGCGUGCAUUUUCACUAGCUCUAGCGCUCCGAGCGUCACGAUCUCGUCACGGUUGCAGGCUUAAAUGGAGAACGAUGUUGAGAAAAAUAACAUGGUGAAAGAGUUCUAUAUCCCAACCUAUAUUUUCGUGCCAGAGUCUCCAGUGGAGCAUGCAUCUCAGAUACCUACUUGUCCGGUGAUUGUUUUUGUCAACACAAAAAGUGGAGGUCAACUGGGACGUGAGUUGAUUGUCACAUACCGUAAGCUUCUCAACCAUGCCCAGGUAUUUGAUCUGCUUGAUGAAGCUCCAGACAAUGUCUUGCACAGACUAUACAGCAACCUGGAAAGGCUCAAGCACGGUGGUGACACUCUUGCUUCUGAAGUCUAUAGGAGACUAAGGCUAAUAGUUGCUGGAGGUGAUGGAACGGCAGGUUGGUUGCUUGGAGUUGUAUCUGAUCUUAAGUUAGGACAUCCACCUCCUGUAGCUACAGUUCCGCUGGGGACUGGAAAUAACUUGCCAUAUUCUUUUGGAUGGGGAAAGAAAAAUCCUGGAACAGAUUAUGAUUCGGUCAUAUCAUUUCUUCAGUUGGUAAGAGAAUCAAGAGAGAUGAACAUUGACAGCUGGCACAUUGUCAUGAGAAUGGAGAGCCCAAAAGAUUCUCCUUGUGAUCCAAUUGCACCUCCUGACUUGCCUCAUUCUUUGCAUGCAUUUCGACGUAUGCCAAAGACAGAUCCACAAGAUAUGGAGUAUUCUUAUACAUAUCGUGGGGGAUUUUGGAAUUACUUCAGUAUGGGAAUGGAUGCCCAAGUGUCUUAUGCAUUUCAUUCUCAGAGGAAACUGCAUCCAGAGAAGUUCAAGAAUCAGUUGUCCAAUCAGAAAACAUACUUGAAGCUGGCAUGCACACAAGGAUGGUUUUGUGCCUCUUUGUUUCAUCCAAUGUCACGGAACAUUGCUUGCCUUGCGAAAGUGAAGAUAAUGAAAAAAUCUGGAAAAUGGGAAACCAUGGAAAUUCCACAAAGUAUUCGGUCCAUUGUUUGUCUCAAUUUGCCCAGCUUCUCUGGUGGACUAAACCCUUGGGGAACACCAAGUAAGAGGAAGCAAAGAAAACGAGACUUGGUGAUGCCUCCACUUGUGGAUGAUGGCCUUCUAGAGGUUGUGGGUUUCAAAGAUGCUUGGCAUGGCCUUGUCUUGCUAUCUCCAAAAGGCCAUGGAACUCGCCUUGCUCAGGCUCACCGUGUCCGAUUCGAGUUCCUCAGAGGCGCAACUGAUCAUGCUUACAUGAGAAUGGAUGGGGAACCCUGGAAGCAGCCUCUUCCCACGGAUGAUGGCAAAGUCGUGGUAGAGAUCUCCCAUGCUGGGCAGGUGAAGAUGCUCGCGACCAAAGACUGCAUAGCCAAAGGGGUCCAUGACCAUGAGUCGUGCCCAGCUAUUUCAACGGUUCAUCCAGAGUCCAUCUACAACGACAUGAACGAUGACUUCGAGGAGGAACGGAGGAACUUUGGUGCCGCCUUGUCGUUUCGAUACUUGAGUGAUGUGAACAAACAAUAAGAACUCAUGUUUUUAUUGAGCCUUGGGACAGGUUGCUUGCAUAGGGCGUAGCAAAGUAGUUUGAUGCACUAACUUAUGUAAGAUUGUAAGUUGCCCAUGUAAGAUAACUUUUGCUGGCAAUACAACGGAUUCUGGGUUGACUGUUUGUAUCAUCAGUAUUUUAAGAAGUGUUUCUUCA